UGAAAUUCUAGCACUUAUAUUAUUACUAAAAAUUAAAAACGAUAAUGCGCUACCUCUAGAGUGGCGUGCGAAAUUUAUCAUGUUUUACAAAUAUUGACUUGAAAACUCUUAUUCAUAUUUGUAAAAAUUCAAGUUAUUUCUCGUGAGUUAUUCUUAUUGCUCAGUUAUUUAUGGGCAUAGGAAUAUAAAAAUUGAGCAUAAAUGUCUAGUUCAGGCAAGGAGUGUGAAGUUACUAACAGGGAUCUGGGAACAUGGUCAGGUGAUACUUUGGGGCUACAUUGGUUAUUGGUGACUUAGUGACUGACUCAAUAAUGUAUGUCAGAAGGAGAAAACUAGUUACACUAAUUCACUCUUACUCGAGACUAAGAGAUUGCGUUUGCGCUAUCACGACCAAUUAUCAAUGCGGCCCCAAAAUACUACGUUCCCCGCUCCCCAGAAAUAGCUUCACCACCUCUCAGUUAUUACUCGCUUCCUAUAUUCCUAUGUCCAUGACUCAUUUUCACUUAUGCUAUGUAUUCACUUAACCUCUUUCAUUUAGACAAUUUCAUUUUUUAAAUAUUUUUAUUUAUUUAUUUUUGAAGCUAUAGUUCAGUUCUUACUUAUUUUGCAGUACAUUUACAUUCCCUUUAAACAGUGUAAAUAUUUUACAUACAGGCAAACACCUUUAAUACUUUCCAAAGAUAAAUUAUAAUGAAGUUCACACAAUUAUUAUAUAAACAACACAUAGGUAAAGCAAUAAGAUAUUUAUGGCAACAUCAACGAGAAAGAUGUGUGCAAGUAACUAAAGCAGAACAAAUUUUAAAAUCUAUGAAUUUUACAGUACAUGAUGCUACAGAAUUAAUAUCAGCAAAAAGAAUUGAAAAUUCAACUGUUUUUAAUAAGUCAGAACCUAAUUCCAAUAGUAAAAGUUGUUUGGUAAUUGAAGAUUGGAAUGUUUUACAAGAAGGUGUACCACAAGCAUGUGUAUUAACAAAAACCCUAAAAUUUGAUGAUGCAUUACCAAAGAAUAUACAAGAGCUAAUUACUGACGUUCCAGACAAUAUAGAUAAUUUAUUAAAAAGAUUUGUCUAUACAUCUGUAAUAUAUGAUGCACAGCAAGUAAAAUUACCACGAUUGAAAGAUCCUGAUCGACCUGCUUGGGUGUUUCCAAGAGUAUAUGGUAUAUCUAAUACAAGAAAAAUGCAUAAUUUAACAAAGAAGUUUUUACAACUUUGUGAAUCAUUAUGUGGAUUAAAUGAUGCACAAUACAAAUCAAUAGUUCAUGAUGGACUUGUAUCUAUGUGUAUAGGGAAAGAAAACGAUUUUAUAAAAUUUUCCUUAAAAAUGGAUAUAAUGAUGACAUCUUCAAUACCUCUAGCACCUAUAGCUGAUGUAAAUAUGGAUAAUGAAUAUGCAUUUCCUAAUCUUCACCCACUACAUUGUACUGUUGGCUUAUCUAAAUUAGAUAUUGAUAACACUGAGGAUAUAUAUCCAAUUGAUACGGAAUCGCCAUUAAUGAAUGUUCACACUAUUUUUAUAAAUCACAAUCCAGAGGAAGUUAAAAAUAUAACUGAAUUGCCAGUCACUGAAGAUCAAAUUCACGCACGUUCAAUGAUGAAAUCAUUUACUGUAGCAGCAACUUGUGCCCGACAAAAGUUUGGAUUAAAUGUGAAGAAGUUACCUGAACCUAUUGUUGUGCAAUGUGUUCAGUCAGAUGGACAAAAUUUUCAUUUCUCUGUAUACCAACUUAAUACCUUAGAUAUUGAUGGUAGAGAAGGAAUCAAAAAUUUUUGGUGGUCAGAACCAUCAAUAAAAUUAUAUGAAAAAGCUCUAUAUGAAAAUGGGCAACCUCGUCUUACAGGCUACAAUCGUGAUGUUUUUAAUAGAUUUCUUGCAUUUUAUAAAAAUAAAUAAAAUAAGAUAACUAUUGACAAUAAACUCGUACAUCUAAAA